AUGGUUGUCAAGACGGUUAUUCAUGGACUUCAGCCUUCUGAUGAACAGGAUACGGAACUAUUACGGGUACGUCUAGUGAAAGGAUCGAAACUAGGCAAACGCGAUUUGUUUGGCGUUGUUUCGCCGUAUUGUGUUGUUCGCCUUGAAAAUGAAGCUGGAGAAACUAUCGAUGAAAUAACGGUCGAAAAGAAGAAAAAGACGCGUAGCCCAAUUUGGAAUUGCAUCUACACAUUUCGGGUGACGCGUCAAUGCUCGCUGAAAAUUUUUGUCUACGAUGAGAAUAAAAUUAGACGCGAUGCUUUGAUUGGAUUUGUGCAUCGCCCACUCGAUGAUCCAAAUAUUCCGACAAGAUCUGAGACACCAGUGGAAUAUCCAUUAACAAAUGGUCCCAGCGCAAAACAAAGAAAUAUUGGCACAAUUUUCCUUGGACUUCAUUUUAUGCCGGAUUCUCAAGCCGAGAACUCGCCGUCGGAUUCGAGCAAUGACUUGCAAGCUUCAUCAAGUAUACCUCAAGGUUGGGAAGAGCGCGAAGACGCGAAUGGUCGAACAUUCUACGUGAAUCACGUGUUGCGAACAACCCAAUGGCAUCGUCCAGAAGCUGUUGACUCAGCAACAACUGAAGCUGAAGAGCAGUCGGUGAUUGAGGAGACGAGGCGUAGAAGGGAUAAUUACGAGCAUCGAAGUCAGGUGACAGAGGAUCCGACAGGAGAAGCUGUUAGGGAUGAACUCCACGCGCUCGACGACGGUAUGCGCGCCAAUUUUGAUCGUGGCCAUCAGGAUAAUGAGACGAACGAGGCGCGAUUGCCCGAUGGAUGGGAUAUGCAGGUGGCGCCGAACGGACGAAUGUUCUUCAUCGAUCAUCGCACGAAGACGACGACGUGGACCGAUCCGCGAACAGGUGUGGCGGCGAGAAUGCCGGUUCGCGGCAAGACCGAUGAUGAGCUUGGCGCGCUGCCGCCUGGAUGGGAGCAGAGGGUUCAUGUCGAUGGACGCGUCUUCUUCAUUGAUCAUAAUCGAAGAAGGACUCAAUGGGAGGAUCCGAGAUUCGAGAAUGAGAAUAUCGCCGGACCAGCGGUGCCAUAUUCGAGGGAUUAUAAAAGAAAGGUGGAAUACUUGCGAUCAAGAUUGCCGAAGCCGUCGAGCUCUAGUGGAAAAUGCGACAUGAUUGUGCACCGAGACACUUUAUUCGAAGAUUCCUAUCGUCAAAUCAUGGAAAAGAAGGAUUAUGAGCUGCGCAAUAAAUUAUGGAUCGAGUUCUUUGGCGAGACCGGCCUGGAUUAUGGCGGCGUUACACGCGAAUGGUUCUUUUUGCUGUCCCAUCAAAUUUUUAAUCCCUAUUAUGGGCUUUUCGAGUAUUCAGCGACGGAUAAUUAUACGCUUCAAAUCAAUCCACAUUCGGAGGCAUGCAAUCCGGAACAUUUAUCCUACUUUUACUUUAUUGGUCGAGUUAUUGGAAUGGCGAUUUAUCAUGGAAAAUUACUUGAUGCGUUUUUCAUUCGUCCAUUUUAUAAAAUGAUGCUUGGCAAGAAGAUUACACUGUUUGAUAUGGAAUCUGUCGAUAACGCCUAUUACAACUCUUUAAUUUAUGUGAAGGAUAAUGAUCCCGCCGAUUUGGAACUUUCGUUUUCUGUCGACGACUCGAUUUUUGGCGAGACGCGAAAUGUUGAGCUUGUCCCUGGUGGUGCUUCAAUCUCGGUGAAUGAAGAGAACAAGGAGCAGUAUAUUGACGCGGUGAUUAAUUGGAGAUUUGUGAGUCACGUCGAAGCUCAGAUGAAUCAGCUUUUGAAAGGCUUGCAUGAGGUGGUUCCAUCGAAUUUGUUGCGUUUAUUCGAUGCAAACGAACUCGAACUACUCAUGUGUGGCCUUCAAAAAAUUGAUGUAAAAGAUUGGAAGGCGAACACGGUAUACAAGGGAGGUUAUGGGCCGAGUAGUCAAGUGAUCCACAACUUCUGGAAAUGCAUUCUCUCGUUUGACAACGAAAUGCGCGCGAGAGUCUUGCAAUUCGUUUCGGGAACCUCGCGAGUGCCAAUGAAUGGAUUCCGCGAACUUUAUGGCUCGAAUGGCCUUCAGAAAUUCACAAUCGAAAGAUGGGGCAGCUCUGAUAUGCUCCCAAGGGCCCAUACAUGCUUCAACCGCCUUGAUCUUCCGCCUUACACAACUUUCAACGAAUUGAAAUCGAAAUUAAUAACGGCCAUUGAAAAUUCUGAGAUUUUUAGUGGCGUCGACUAA